GCUACCGACACGGACACGUUGCAAGAACCGGCAAAGAUAGUUCCUUCCCGUGAGAAAUGUAACUACGACCACCCUCACGAACAAUUUACAACAUCUGUCGUGCUAUCGCUUUCAUUGUCGUAGAGAUGAUUAUCGCCAUAUCAUAAUGAUCGUUACAUGACCAGCUGCUUUUCGUUUGUCGUGAUUGUGGAGAGCAGAUGCUUUAUUAGUGAUUGACUUGCUCGUUUUUAUCGUUAUCGGUAACCUAAGCAACCAAUCGUUGCACAAAACGUUUGCGUGGCUCGUUAUCGUGAACUGGACUCGUUUUCCUUAUGGAAUAGCGAGAUCAUGAUGAAGUAGAUUAGCGCCAGAAGUAUCAAAAGGAACGAAGUUGCACACUUUGUAUCUGUUGUGGCGGUUGCGCUUUUCGUCACACAACAAACUUCAAUUUGUUUUUUCGAUCCCCACGUGUAAUAACCAAAAGCGCAAGAGCAGCCGGUAGAAAAUAAGUGACUACUUGAAGAAACAUCAAAGAUGAGGUACCACGCUCUCUUCGACGAGAUUUUCCAACGGAAGAACAGCUACUUCUCAUGCGGAAACUGCACUACAGGUUCAGCUACAAGCAGUACAUCCCCCCCGCUACAUCACCACCCUCUUCACCAUCACGGCACCAAGCUUAUCCGGACCAACUUCGACGUGCUAUCCGAAGACCAGGAGCACGCGAGACAGCUCAAAGUCGGCACCUCCUCCCUCUACGCGCAACUGCAGAAGAUCGAGUCGCUGACAAAAGAAUUGCUGACCAGCGGUCUCAGUAACCAGAAGAAAAAAUCCCGGGGUUUUGGCAGGAUCGCGCGGAGCAACGGGAGGAAAUUGGGGAUAUGCCGGGAAAAAGUAUCGUAGUCGCGUAUUGACUGUCGCAAAAUAUUAUAUAAUCGCAUGAACAAGACUCAGUUCUUUUGACGUGAAUUAUCUGCAUGAUGAGCAACUCUACUAUGUUUGUUUUUGGAACCAAAAUUUGUCAUGCCAUUUUGCGAGUGCGGAUGCGAUCACGCUUUUGCAGUGCAUAGGGCAAGGAGGUGCAUAAUUUGCAAGACAUGCUGAAGGAAACGAAAGCAGAGUUGGAAACGGCAGAGGAAAAAGCCCGGGCCUUUUCGAUGCUAUGACCUUGCACAACUCUACUUCCACCACGUUUCUUGUCAUGCAAAAUCAAUUCAAAAUCUUGUAAUUUUCUUUUUCCUUGAACAAGCACUUUUGCUUUUCGCAUGACAAGUUUCGAGGAAACCCCAGCAAACUGAAGGGAGAAGCCGUGUCAUGCGGAUUUGUCAUGCAGCUGCGGCAGAUAGGUUUAUCACGCCAGUUAAUGCCCUUCAACGGCGGAGGAGAAGGGGUUGUGUACUCUCAUACAUGCACUUGAAGGAACAGAUUAAAGCGGAGGAGGAUGGUAUUAGCGUUAUUGUGAUUUUGCUUCGUGGUUGUUUUCAUCAGAUAAAACCUGAAUUAGUGUAGUAGGUCGAAAUCAUCAUCAUCAUCAUCAUCAUCAUCAUCAUCUUCAUACAUCAUUCCCUUGGCUAAAUGGCCAAGAGCUGCGAGCUUUUCUUGGAAUACUGCGCUCUUAUGCAGCCUCCCGACGUGCAUGUUUUCUAUGGCUCUGUUUUUCUGGCCUGAAGAACCACACGACUCUUAUGACCAGGCACUGGCAGCAAGCUUCCCCUAUCCUGUGCAAAAGCGUACUUACCCACACGACCGUAAUCACAGUGUGAUUCCUGUGCAGAAGUCAAUCGGUUUCCACUACAGUUCCGCAUGGGAAACUCAGAUCUGUAGUAGAGUGCGAUGCUUGGCUAGUGCUCCCUCAUCACGAAUCAUGUUAAUCAUCCUGAUUUGAGCAUGACAAAUUUUUGCAACAAAGGAGUACCAGAUGCGAGGUCUCAUGGGAAGGCGCAUUACACUUAGAGACCACCUGCAGAACCACAACAUGCAAGAUCUGCAUGACAACUCUCGGUUGGGUACGUGUUUGCACAUGAUUUCUCCAAGCGGUUUAUGACACGGGCUCCUCUGCAUGGAAGCUGCUGGUGGAGGGAAAGCAGGAUAUCGGAAGGAAAUGAUGUUUCACUGUAAACUUGUAAUGCAGAGAAUGCAUGAUUCGCAGUCGCAGAAGUGUUUGGCUUGCUACACUUGCAAAACAAUCGAUUUGUUGGUUUUGCUUUCUGAUGACAAAUUUGUUCCUUUGUAGUGCUACUGCUAAUGUACUGGAGCAAGUCUGUAAUGCAAAACUCGCAAAAUUAAAUCGUUCCAGUGAAACACGUUUUUCGUACGAUGCAGGACCUCCGGAAGCUGUUAGACGAGGGCAUACCAAAUUUGGAACGGCGGGUGGCACUCAUCACGGUGAAAUGAUGGAUAGUUGUUGUACAUAAUCUCGGACGUUAUCGCUAUGCCUCGCGCGUCAACUUGAUGCGCCUGAGAUUUUCAGACAAAAAAAACGGUCUUCACCUCCAAGACGCGUGUUUCUUGUUGAAAAGCUACUGAUUUCUAGACGCGUGAAAAUGCAGUUGAAAUUAU